AUGACGAAUCUUAAGUGUGCUCAGCUGCCGGAAUCAGGCGUCUUGAGUGCCCCUGGUCUUCGGUCACUACGAACAAAAAAAUUAGAAGGCUUUAAUUAUGAUCUUCAUGAACUGGAAUUGACCCAGAGUUGCAAGCUAACUAUCUCCGACUUUAAGCAUCUCAAGAAACUCUCAGUGACUGCUAUCGCGAGAAAUAGCCUAAAGCAAUAUCGAGUUCCAUUAUCGUCGCUCCUCAACACCAAUGGCCACAAACUAAAGCUGCAUGAACUUACCAUAAAAUCAGCAUUGAUCUAUCCACAAGAACCACAGAUUCUGCUUGAGGCGCUAGACUUUACGAAAAUGCGAGUGCUUCGUCUGAUAGAUUUGUUUGAGUAUCCCACUUUGAGUUUCCCGGAGACGGAUAUUAAGUGGGAGGAAUUGCGCGUCUCAGAGUUUCGGCAAUGGAUGUCUCGAUUGUCUCGAUUGUCAGAAGGUAUUCGGCUUCUUCAGAGCACAAAAACGCUAUUAGAGGCAUUGUCACCACAAGUCAAAGGGUUGAAGGUGUUAGAGUUGCACGUAUGCAACUUUUUGGCCGACCACGGUCCCCAAUUUAUUUCAUCAAUUACAGACUUGAGGACUCUCAAAGUCAACAUUCCCUCACAGCAAUGUGUGGAUCAUGACCCGGACUCUCGAAUUAGGGCAUAUUUAGAGAGUAUUUCUUUGCAUUCAAACCUCCGUCAUCUCGUCAUUGAAUCACCGCCAAUAGAGAUCUUGUUGCUCGAACAAUAUUUGUCGCAAAUGAGAAACUUGAAAUGUCUCAAAUUAUGUGUUAAAUCAAUUGAACCGGCUCGUUUUAUUUCAUUCAUUCGAAACUUCCCCGAAUUGGAGUUUUUGGAUGUAGCUUUUGAUCCAAUUCCUUUGAAAGACAUCCAGGAGAAGUAUAUUGUUGAAGCGCUAACUCAUGGACCACUACAAUAUGCUAAAUUUUCUAGCUCAAUCUAUGACAUGAGUAAAGGAAUGAUCAAAGGCAAACAUAUCAUGCGCUGGUUCGAUGACAAGCUUAUAAAUUUGUAA